ACUAAGGUGUUUAUACAAAGUUUAUUCAGAAACUCUAUAUAGAUCAACUGUACUAAUGCUGAUAUAAUAUAGACGUAGUAAAUAUUUAAAUUUGAAGUUCGUGGAGUCGUAGCUAAAUUACAAUAAAUGAGCACAAAGCGGGGUGGAAAACUUUAACUGUGUGCUUUUUCUGUUUGAUAUAAUAUUUUCUGCUUACCGAUAAAGUUCACAGUUAUAAAAGCACCGUUUGUCGCUUGAAUCGCAUAGUACUUUCUUCUUUAUUCUACGAAGCACAACUACUCGUUAACCAUACAACAACUCCGCUGCAAUGGCUGCGAAACAAAUCAUUCUUCUUAUCUUCACCUUUGCCAUUCACACGUCGCUCGCUACAGAUUAUUGCGAUUCCAGCUUGUGUGGCAGUUCGAGAACACAUAUCGCUUGUAACAAUAGUGGCGCGUUUGCGUCGAGCUGUCAAAAUCCUGCAGAUGUGCAACUGACGCAGGCGCAAAAAGACUUAAUUGUACGCGCGCACAACGAGAAGCGUAAUCAAGUGGCUGGUGGUGAGACUGCAUUGGAGUCGGCCUGUCGCAUGGCCACCAUGCAGUGGGAUGAGGAGUUGGCCACACUCGCUGCGCUGAAUGUCAAACAAUGCGAGAUGAAACAUGAUGCAUGUCACAAUACGGACGCCUUCAAGUAUUCUGGCCAGAAUUUGGCAUGGAUCAGUUUCUAUAAUUCACCGAAUGCGUCGAAAUUGUCGCAACAAUCCGUCGAUAUGUGGUAUAAUGAGAUAAAGGACACCAAAAUGGCUUAUAUAAAUAAAUAUCCCAACAAUUAUAGUGGCCCUACUAUUGGCCAUUUCACCGUCAUGGUUGCUGACAAGAAUAUUCGCGUUGGCUGCGCUGCUUCCACUUUCGAUGUGUCGGGUCAACCGUACAAGGGCUAUCUGUUCGCCUGUAAUUACGCAACCACGAAUAUGAUAGAUUUUCCAAUUUAUAAGGGUUGCUCCGAGGCAGCAUCAAACUGUACGACUGGUAGAAAUCCUGAUUUUAAUAACCUUUGUUCAGCAUCGGAAGAAUAUGAUGUUAAUAAAUGGUUUUAGGAUGUAAGAAACUAGCGGUAAUUUUAAAAGUAUUGUAAAAUGUGAAUGCUCGAAAGCGCAAUAAAUUAGACUUAAAAACAUA